UCCUUCUCUCUCCUCGAUGUCAUUUCUCAUUUUUGGGAUGCCCCAAACUGUCACGGCACCAUCCAUAUUUCAGUAACAAUAACCAAACCAGGGUUUGUGUUGUUGCAUUGCGUACAGUUUGGGCCCAAAUUUGCGCCAAUAAAAAGGACUUAAUAAGACAACUGUGCCUUGGAUUGGUUCUUCCCUCCUCUGAUAGGAGGAAGAAGGAAGUCCCAACUCCAGUAAGUAAGCUCGCUGUGAUGUCGUCGUUUUCGUCUGAAACCUGGAAUUUGGAUAUUCAAUUGCAGUCGCUGUAAUUGCUAUUUGUUCUCAACUGACUAAAAAAUCCUAGGAGACAUAGAUUCAUGUAUUCUCAUUUCAAUGCUGCUUAAUUGAUUGUAGCAAAGAUAAUGGAAUGGGAACUAGACAUGGAUUGUUCAAACAACUUGUGGGUGACCUCUCUUUCCUCGACUCUACACCCUUUGCGAAGCUCUUGGAUUCAUGCAUUCGAACCAAGUCAGCACGCGAUGCACAUCGCAUCCACGCUCGUGUCAUCAAAACCCAAUUUUCCUCAGAGAUUUUUAUCCAGAAUAGGCUUAUUGAUGCUUAUGGAAAAUGUGGUUGUUUGGACGAUGCACGUAAAUUGUUUGAUAAAAUGCCUCAAAGGAACACUUUCACUUGGAACUCCAUCAUAAGUACAUUAACGAAGUUGGGUUUUAUUGAUGACGCUGUGCAGAUUUUUAGGUUAAUGCCUGAGCCUGACCAGUGCUCGUGGAAUUCGAUGGUAUCAGGGUUUGCCCAGCAUGAUCGCUUUGAAGAAGCUUUGGAGUACUUUGUCAAAUUGCAUGUGGAGGAUUUUGUGCUUAAUGAAUACUCGUUCGGUAGUGCUCUUAGUGCUUGUGCAGGUUUGAGAAAGUUGAAAAUGGGUGUCCAAAUUCAUGCUUUUAUUGCUAAGUCAUGUUACUCGUCAGAUGUUUAUAUGGGAUCUGCACUUAUUGAUAUGUACUCUAAAUGUGGGAGUGUUGCUUCUGCACAAAGAGUUUUUGAUUGGAUGAGUGACCGGAAUACAGUUUCUUGGAACAGUUUGAUUACUUGUUAUGAGCAGAAUGGUCCAGCGAGUGAAGCCCUAGAAGUUUUUGUGAGGAUGAUGGAUGGUGGGUUCAAACCAGAUGAGUUAACUUUAGCCAGUGUGGUUAGUGCAUGUGCAAGCUUGUCUGCAAUAAAGGAAGGUCAGCAAAUAUAUGCUCAUGUCAUAAAAUGUGACAAAUACAGGGAUGAUCUUGUUUUAGGCAAUGCGUUGGUUGAUAUGUAUGCAAAAUGCAAUAGAUUAAAGCAAGCCAGAUGGAUUUUUGAUGGGAUGCCUGUUAGAAAUGUUGUCUCCGAAACAUCAAUGGUAAGUGGAUAUGCAAAAGCGGCAAGCGUAAAAGCUGCAAGAUUGAUGUUUGCAAAGAUGAUGGAAAGGAAUAUAGUCUCUUGGAAUGCACUUAUUUCAGGGUACACACAAAAUGGGGAAAAUGAAGAGGCUGUUGGACUCUUUCUCCUCCUGAAGAGGGAGUCUGUUUUGCCAACCCACUAUACAUUUGGGAAUCUACUCAAUGCUUGUGCAAGUCUAGUUGAUCUGCAGCUUGGCAGGCAGGCUCAUGUACACUUAUUGAAACACGGAUUUAAGUUCCAGGUUGGGGAAGAGCCUGAUAUUUUUGUGGGAAAUUCUCUAAUAGAUAUGUACAUGAAAUGUGGAUCCAUUGAAGAUGGAUGUCGGGUGUUUAAAAGUAUGUUGGAAAGGGAUUAUGUCUCCUGGAAUGCCAUGAUUGUGGGGUAUGCACAAAAUGGUUAUGGGACUGAAGCUCUCGAAAUAUUUAGAAAAAUGUUGGCAUCUGGGGAGCAACCUGACCAUGUCACUAUGAUUGGUGUUCUAUGCGCUUGUAGCCACGCAGGGUUGGUUGAUGAAGGAAAAGAAUAUUUUUACUCUAUGAGUGAAGAGCAUGGUUUGGUACCAUUGAAGGACCAUUAUACAUGUAUGGUUGAUCUACUUGGUCGAGCUGGUUGCCUUGAUGAAGCCAAACAUUUAAUAGAGGUCAUGCCAAUGCAACCUGAUGCUGUUAUAUGGGGGUCUUUGCUUGCUGCUUGUAAAGUUCAUCGUAACAUUACCUUAGGGAAGUAUGUGGCGGAGAAGAUCUUAGAUAUUGAACCUAGGAACUCUGGACCUUAUGUUCUUCUCUCAAACAUGUACGCCGAGCUCGGGAGAUGGGGUGAUGUUGUAACAGUAAGAAAGCUGAUGAGGCAACGGGGAGUUAUCAAGCAGCCAGGUUGCAGUUGGAUUGAGAUACAGGGUCGUGUGCAUGUUUUCAUGGUGAAAGAUAAAAGGCAUCCUCAAUGCAAGGAAAUACAUUAUCUAUUGAAGUUGCUCAUUGAACAGAUGAAGCAAUCCGGAUAUGUCGAAGAUGCUUGUGAUCACGAUAUUUGUGAAGAACAUGGUGAAACAGAACUAACCUCAUUGUACGACAUUGAUAUGUUGGAAGAUGCAGCUCUCGGGUGAUUUGCCUACAAUAUUGUUUUCUAAAUGCACCCCAAUAUUUUCCUCUAUAAAAUUUGAUAAAUACUUUUCUUCAUUCCUGGAAACGAAAAAGAAAAUAAAGCCCAAAGAGUUCUGUCACAAUUCAUUGUUAUCAUGCCUAUUUUCUGAAUUUCAUAUUAUGGCGGACUGGGCUACCUGCCUAUUAUGGGUCUGCUGUGCGGUUGGUACAGCACUCAAUUGCUCCAAUUGAUCAACUUUCGUGUUACUAAGCAUCCAACAAUAUGAGCAUGAUAGGAUUGAUUGCUUUGUGUCAUGAGGAUGGAUCUUGGGAUGCUUCCAACGAUGAGUUGAAGCAUGUACUUUGGGCAGGUAGUGGCAGAAGAUGCAUCACCAAUUCCACACGGUGAUGGUUCACUGGUGAUGGCUUUAUAGCGGGAAAAGAAGCUUCUUCACAAGAGGGAUUUAAUAUUGGCUUUAGGCAAUCGGUGCUGCUUGGGUUCAACUGGGGCCUUGUCGCAAGAAGUGCUUUGGCUUAUCUUCCAGAUGGUUUAAGGGAGAAGUUGAUUGAAACAGAGGACAAAAGGACUGGAUUUCAGGGCUCUUUCAACAACAGAUGCCCUUAAGUUAGAUUAUUUAAGCCAUCAGUCACUGCACGAAGCUGAUUCCUUCCUCCCCACAAGUCACACCGGAGCUGAGAAACGGUGUUUGUGUCCCUAAAUGUAGAGGCCAAGGAUCCACGAAAUAUGACUUAGAAUUGAUACCAAACAUAACCACAAGGCUGAGAUUCACCGAAUUGAAAUCACAUGACACCACUUAUAAAUGGAUAUUGAUUUCGUAAGUAAUGCUCUAGAGUUUUAUUGCGAGUAAAAAGUCAUUUCCCUUUAUUCCAA